AUGAUCACCGGCGUGGAGACAGCAGGCCUCGUGCUGGCCAUCUUUCCCCUCCUCGUCUCGGCCCUCGAGCAUUAUCAGGAAGGCUUCGAAAGAUUGAGCGAUUGGUGGAAGUUUCGGACCGAAUUCAUCGGUUUCGUACACGUUAUUGGCCGGCAAGCGAUCCUCUUCGACGAGAACCUCGAGGAGUUGCUGUCGCCAAUCAUCACCUCAGACGCCGAAAUAGACGCCCUUUUGCGCAAUCCCACAGGCCCUUUCUGGCGCCGUGUCGAACUCGAGGAGAGGCUUAGGGAUCGCCUGCCCAAGUCGUACGAGUCCUAUCGAAACACAAUCGAUGAUAUGAAGGAGACGAUGGACGCGCUGCAGAAAAAGUUGGGUAUACAAAAUAGCAAGUUGACGUGGACGGAUGAUGCCAAUCGGAUCAAGUGGGAAUAUGAAUUUAGGAGGAUCAAAUACGUGCUCUCUAAAAAGAAGCGAGAGAAGCUGGUUGGGGACCUCACGGCCAACAAUGAAGAGUUGCAGAAGCUCUUCACCUCAAGUGAAAGGCUGGCACCACUCAGAAAGCGGCGAAGGACACCCAACGCAUUCAAGCGGAUCAGGGAGCAAGCAUGUGGUCUAUACGGCGUUCUAGCAACAGGUUGGAGGUGCCAAUGUACAGAUGCUACACCUUCGCAUCAAGCCAAUCUGCUCUUAGAGAAACGCAUCGACACGUUGAAUCGACACCACAAGGCUAAGACGACAGAUCCUCCAGCAGCACAGCUGAGCGUUCUUUUUUUCCUGAGGACUGAGUCUCAGAGGUUGCCGCUGAGCUGGCAUGAGACCGAAAUAAAGCUGAUUGAAGCUGAGAGAGGCCACCUCCUGUCUCUGACGUCGACAAAAACCAACGCUUCGACAACAGCAAUGCUGACCGAUGUGACGAACACGUUCGAGGCAAGCAGCCCAGACUAUUUACACCCCUUCAAGAAGUCUACAAAGAAAGUCGCAUUCCCGCAAAUUACAGUCCAGCCGCCUCAAGGAUCGAUGGGCCCAAACAUCCCAGAUCUGAUCGAGAUAGCCGAUCUUUGUGAAGCUGUAAGGAAGGCUCAUCAUGGAACAUGCAAGGGACCGCUAGGAUAUCUUCGUGAUUCGCAAGACCGACGGCAUGCCUUUUACCCCUCUAUACAGCCCACCAGGUUCUCUGAAAACGCUGAAACCGUGACCCUUGCGAGUCUGCUCUCAAAGACUACGAGCAGCAACGGUAGGGACCUUAGGGGGACGGCUUCCAUGACCCUAUCUCGACUAGAGAGGUAUUCAAUCGCGGUCACUCUCGCGUCUUCCCUUCUCCAGCUCUACAGCUCCCCAUGGAUCGGGGAGACAUGGAGUAAAAAUGACAUAUACUUUCUGAUCGCAGCGAGCGGCUCACCUAGGCCUAUCCUUGUGGACAAGCCAUACGUUACUCGCAAAUUUACGUCCUAUUCGCCUCAAGCAUCCGUUACCUCGGUGAGUGAACAAAUAGGUCUCGAUUCAAGUACUAAGAUCAUUCAAGCCCUUGGUAUCAUGCUCCUCGAGCUAUGCUUUGGGGAAGCAAUUGAAGAUCAGCCAAUUCGGUCAAAGUACCUGGGUCCGGAUGGGCAACCAAACGACAUGACGGAUUUCUGCACCGCUCAGCACUGGUUGCAACACGACGCUCUUGGGGAGGGUGGGCCUGAAUACUUUGAAGCAAUACGUAGAUGUCUGUUCUGUGCUUUUGGCCCAAAAAGCACCGACCUUGAGGACGACGAACUGCGCGCUGCUAUCUACAGUGAGGUUGUGGAACCCCUCGAAGGCGCUGUUAGGCAAUUCAACUCGAAAACCUGA